AUGGGCGUCGCCGGCCUCUGGCCGCUGCUGGACUCGUCGUCAAAGACAGUCUCACUUACCACCCUCUCGCUAGCAGAAUUUUCCAACCCUCACCGUGGUUACCGCCUGGGCAUCGACACGUCCAUCUGGUUUUUUCACGCUGGCUAUGGGAAAGGAGGGGAAAAUCCUCAGUUACGGACUCUAUUCUUCCGACCAGAUUGGAAGAGGGGGAAGAAGAUUAACAAGACGGCGAACAAGCUAACGACAGGUAUGAAAGCUAUUAUUGAGGCGUUUGGCUUCGAGUGGCGAACGGCGCCUGGAGAAGCAAAGGCAGAACUAGCAUAUCUCAAUGCUACUAGCGUCAUUGACGGCGUUCUCAGUGACUGA